AUGUCUUCUGGACGCGGCGGCUUCUCGGUCCGGGACCUUCUGGACCUGCCGGCGGGGGACUCCGCGGCGGGUGCCGAAGACCCGGAGGAAGAGGAGGCCGACGCCGAGGAGACCCCCGAGGAGGCUCCGCACCCGGGCCGCCUCAAGCUGUCAAUGCACGCGGGUCCUGGCGCGUCCACCGCGCCCGUGCGCCGCGCGCGCAAGCGGCGCGUCCUCUUCUCCAAAGCGCAGACGUCCGAACUGGAGCGGCGCUUCCGGCAGCAGCGCUACCUGUCCGCCCCCGAGAGGGAGCACCUGGCCGGCCGCAUCCAGCUCACGCCCAACCAGGUGAAGAUCUGGUUCCAGAACCAUCGCUACAAGACCAAGCGCUGCCUGCAGGGGGCGCUGCGGCUGCUGCGGGCGCCGCACAGGUUCGCCGCCAUCCCGGCGGUUCUGCUGCGGCACGGGAAGCCGAGCGGCGAGCGGCUCGGGGGGAGCCCGCGCGACCUGCGGCUGGCCUUUCCGGUUCCGGUGUGCGCCUACGCGCACGCGCACGCGCCCGAUCCCCAGCAGACCCUCGGACGGCUCACCUGCAGCUGGAACAACAACUGGACCUGA